GAUGGUGUGUCAAAUGAAAAAUAUCAGGACACAAGACUAGUUUAAAAAAAAAAACAAGACAGAGUUUUGCUAAGUUAACUCUUCUUGCAUAUAAGAACAAUAUAACAAUAAUUCACUCUAAAAAGAAGAUUAGUGCUCGGAAAAAAAAAGAAGCAAAUGCACUCAGUGACCCCUAUAUAAACACUUGCAUUGCAAAGGUACAUUCUCUCAAGCUAAAAAAUAAAAACAAAGAAGAAGCAAAGAGAGAAACAGAGUCAGUCUCUCCUCUGUUUUUUCCCCCACCAUAAACUGAAUAUCUACUCUCUCUCUCUCUUUUUGUGCUCUACAACAUCUACUGUUGUAAGCUAAUCAUUCUCUCUUCAAAUGGAUUCGCCUAGUACCCAAAAGGCUAAACCGAGAAAGAUGAAGGCUGCUGUGAAGAAGCCUCGAGCUCAAAAACUCUUGGAUUUGUUUUACCGAGUGAUCGAGAUAACUGUGGUUAUGGUUACAGUGGCCAAGCUCUGUUACCAACUAGUCAUCAUGUUCGAGGACUCUGGCCUCUCACGUUUUCUCAUCAACCGUCACCUUGCUUUCCUCUUGGGGAACGCCAUAGUCAUCGCCGUAGUCGCCAAGUGCGGUCUCUUUGCGAAUCAAGAACCUGAUGCACAGAGAAACAGCAAUGAAUUUUACAACGAGUUUGUUCGAGAGAGCUCAAGAAGAGAGAAGACUUUACAUACAGAUGUUAUAAGCAGAGAAAAACAGAGCAGUGAAGAAAAGAAACAGAGCCGAGCAAAACAGAGCAUGUUGGAGAACAGGGCAAAACAGAGUACUGAAGAUAACAGAGAGAAACAGAGUACGGACAAGAAGGACAUAACUGUGAAGAGAGAGAAGCAAAGGAGUGGGUCAGAGAAUCUCGAGGGCUCGAAGAAGAGUUCUUGUGGAAGGUUGAAGAGAUCGGAGACAGAGAGACAUGCUGAUGUUUCUGAUGAUGAACUAAGGUACAAGAUCGAGUCUUUCAUUGCGAGACAGAGGAGGAACCAAAAGGAUGAAGAAUUUUGUAUUGUUUAGACAGAGCCGGCCCUGGGAGCAUGGGCUUCCGGCCGCCAAAUAAUAAUAAUAUAACCGGCCACAAAUUCUAAUAAGUGUGUCUUUAGUGGAGUGGUUCAAUAGCCACAGUUCAUUAACUCCGAACCAGAGUUCAAAUCCCCCUAUCUACAUUAUUUUAUUUUCGGC